ACAAUGUCUCAAUGAUAAUAAUUUGAUGAAUAAACCCAAUAAUAUUGUAACAUAGAUGAGUCUGGUCUGCAAUUGAAUAAUGAACCUGAUGUUGUGAUAGCUCUUAAAGGUAAUAAAAAUAUUCAAGUUCGUCAAUGUGCUGAAAGGGGAGAAACUAUUACAGUAGUAACUUGCUGUAAUACGGAAGGUUCAUUCUUACCACCAUACUGCAUAUUUAAAGGUGUUAGAAAGCAAGAAACAUGAGCAAGGACAUGAAUAUGCCACCUGGAUCCGUUAUUCAAAUUAGAAAGCCAUACCAGAACAUGCAUAUCUGCAAAGUGCAGUUCAACAUGAGGAUCCUCAGAGAGUAAUAAAGAGAUAUCAUUUUCUAUAACUACAAAUUCAUCAAGUACUCAUUGUUAGACGUGCAUAAUGACAGAUGAAAGCAGAGUUGGAUACCUAACUUUGAAUGAAAAUCAGGCGCAACUUGGACCGAGUAACAUGGACCAACAACCUGUGCUUUUAGCAAAAACAUCUACAAAAACAUAUCAAGUUCCAGUACGACAAAUAUUAAAAGAAAUUUCACCAAUACCAAAGACAAACCAUGCGAUAUCUUCAUCAAGAAAACAACAAGCUACACUAGUAACAACUCCUGAAAUAAUUAGCAUAAAAAGAAAAAAACAAGAAUUGCAGGAACCAAGUGCAAUAAAUGAAGUCAUUGAUUUAUCUAAAGAAAACAAAUGCGAAUGCAUUGAAUGUUAUGAAUCAAACAUACAACAUUGUCCAAAGUAGAUUGGAUUCAAUGCAUAAAGUGUAAUAAAUGUUUACAUGAAACAUGCACAUUGUAUAAUGAUACAUGUAACUUAUGUAAAAGAGAAGAAUUAAAAAAAGC